AUGCUGGCCGCUUGCCGGAAAGCUGCAACCCCUUUCUGUGCAAGAAGGCGCUGCAUUUUUGACACGCCUGAAUACUACAACCGCGUUUUUGGAGAAUUAAAACACGGAGAAAUCCUUGAAUGGUACAAUAUUGACUGGCAGGAUUUGAAGCCGUUAUUGGAGAGCUUCUUUCAGUCCAGACCACGGAGAAUUCUUGACGUUGGAUGUGGCACCUCACGCUUGCCUGCGCAGCUGGCCACUCACCAACUAGCCCGACUCAUCGCUGGCUGUGACAUUUCCCCAGAAGCCAUAGCCCAGCAGAAGGCUGUAGCCCCACCAAGGAGUCCAGGAACUAGGCUCAUCUUCAGUGUCGGCGACGUGAGAAGGUUACCAUAUCCAGACUUGUGCUUUGACCUAGUCUUGGAGAAAGGUCUAUUUGAUGCUGUGGGAAGCACUAGGCGGGGGAUUCUGCAACUUCCUACAAUGCUGGCAGAAGUCUGGAGGGUCGUUGCUCCUGGUGGUGCCCUUAUCUCCAUGUCUCAGCCUGGCCAAGCAGAAAUGAAGUCGAGCUCCAGGUCAUGGUUGCAGCAAAUCCAAGAGGCGGACUUGCAUCCAGCACCUGUGUCGGUCAAGGAGGCGGACUUCAGGAGAAAGCUUGCAGCAGCAUAUAAAGAAGCAGACAACAGGUGUGAUGCUUUGCAGAAAGGACUGGUCAACAAGCUUCACUUGACACAAAGGGCCAUGGAAAAGGCACCGCCCCCCCCCCCGCUACAUGACUGCAAGGACAGAUUGAUGAAGCUACACAGGGACAAGACCAAAAAGCGCCACGAGAAGAAGGAGAAGAAGGAGAAGCGCUCAAAGUCCGAAAAGAAGGACAGACGCGAGAGAGUCGACAGAGACGGUUCACCAAAGAAACGAAAACCCAGUUGCGAGCAUGAGUCAGCAGCUUUUUGGGAGUCCUUUCAUGCAGAUGUGGACGAAGCUCAGGAGGAGGUUCCCACAUGGCAGCCGUUGGCACUGCACUGGGCAUCAAUGUCAAAAGCAUCUUCUGAAAGCCAGGUCCCGGUCUACACGACUCCCGAGGAAGCAUUGAAGUGCCUUCCCGAUCGCUUCUUGGCCUUCCAGAAGGCUACAUGGCCCAGCGUGCCGUCCGAAAAAUGCGGAGCCCUAGCUGCGAUUGCCAACAUCAUCAUAGAUCUCGGGCAGAAUGAUCUGGUCUUUUUUCUGCGUUCCCUGGAGCUCACUUUGCGGGAGCGAAGACACAAUGAAGAAGGAGCUGAAGAGGCACGACCGCCUCUCCGACCAAAACCACUUUUCCCUUCUGCCAAGCAGCCACCACCUCCACGUGUCUUGCCAAAGCCACCACCUCCACGACCACCUGAACCACCAUCCGUGCCACCUCGACCUGUGGAACCCUCCCCCAGUUCACCAACUGCAGCACCUGCAGCACCUGCGCCUCCUGCACCUGCUUCACCGUCUUCCUCAGAGACUGAGACAGCCGAAGAAAAAGCAGCGAAAGCAGCAGCAGCUGCUGCACAGAAAAAAGCAGAUGCAGCAGCACUGGACAUCGUCUACGACCUCUGUCAGGCGCACAAAGAGAAGCCUUGCCAUGCAGAUGGUUUGCUGCAAGCGGAGAACUUCAGGAAUUUCGUCAAAGAGGUCUUCACAGCAGCAACCCAGCCUAAUCACUGGGAGGAAGCCUGGCGGAGGACAGCUUUCCCUGAGGAACUCCGAGCUGAGGCAUCUCAAGCCUUUCUGCAGAAUCUUUUGGACUGCGCCACUUCGGAUGUUGCGCAAGUCAAAGAUCCUGUGAUAGCUGCUGCGCUCGCGAUCGCUGCAUUGUCUCGCUCCUUUUACAUCAAGAGACAGUGUGUGGAGGAUUUCUUUAUUGAGAGGAUGCAAUCUGACAGUCCUUCUACGUGGCAAAUCCUGUCAUGGCUACUCUUCCACUGGUUUCCGCAGACUAAGACGGCUGGCUGGGGGUGGUCCCGCAUUGGUUGGUCCUGGCCUGGAUGGUGGAAGGUGGCUGAGCGACUUCUGAACCAAGCCCAAAAGAACUUUCCCGAAGCAGCUUUCAAAAUGCUCAAGGAAGCACUGGUUCGAAUGCAGGCACCAUCUGUAUAUUGGGUGGCAUUGUUGGUUUGGGGCCUCACCGGGCCAACAUGCACGAAGAAUCCCUGUUUUGAAGUCUCCAGAAAAUCUCCAAAUAGGGGCCCCAUUGUACCGUGUUUCUGGAAAUACAGUAUUUCGUCUAUAGUCUAUAUCAUAUUUGAUAUUAUUUAUCAUAUUAUGUUGUUCAAAUUUAUGCUCAUAGACAUAGACCUUUACUGA